AUGUGGGUUCUGCGUUUGAAGGUGCGUACGAUAUUCAUCACGGGUCUUCCGGAGGAUGUGAAAGAGAGAGAGCUACUGAAUCUACUGAGGUGGUGGCCUAGCUACGAGGCUUCACAGGUGAACUUCAAAGGCGAGAAGCCCAUGGGUUUCGCUCUCUUCUCUACUGCUCAGCUUGUUGUUGCCGCCAAAGAUGCCCUUCAGGAAAUGGUGUUUGUUGUGGAUGACCCAGAUGCAACCGCCAUGCAUAUGGAGAUUGGUAGUCAAAUCUUUAGGCAAAGGCUUGAAAUUGGAGAUCGUGAGGGCCGGUCAUUUCAGUUUACACACAAAGGUAAGAGAACUCCCCAAUCUUUCAUUUACACACAGUUUGAUACAGCCCCUGCUAAGAGAGUAGAAAGACAGAAAUCAGCGACAUUCAAAUUGGAGUAA